AUGAGUUAUCCAGAAUAUGUGAAUGGUGAACCACCAAUUAUAACGUUAUCAGAGUAUGAUGAUGCUUCAUGGGCAAGUACAACUUGUUUAGAUCAUAGAAAUAAUCAAUAUGUAGUUGUUGUAAUGGAAAAUCCUGAUAAAACAGUUGCUAUAAUAAAUGAAAAAGAUUAUGAAGUAUUAGAUAGAAUUUUCAAAAGUGCUCAUGAAACUCAUUCCAAACAACAAGCUGGAAAGUAA